CGAAAAACCUCCGCAGUUUGAGGACGUCAUCAUUUGCAAGCACGUGGACGGCGGAGUACGGAAGUGCGCAGAUGUUCACAUAAGCUGUAUUGAUGUAAACGCACAUAGAGGAUCCAGAUGUCUCGUGCAGAUGUGCUGUCUCUGUAUCGGCGGGUUCUCCGCAUUGCACGCAGCUGGAAGGCUCAGUCUUCAAUACCAAAGGACACUGACACUGAGAAGAAAUACAUCACGCAGGAAGCUCGAGGCCUUUUCAGACAGAACCAGCAGAUAACAGACCCGGAAUCAAUCCAGAGAUGCAUUGAAGAGUGUGAAGCUCGGAUUGAAAUUGGACUGCAUUAUAGGAACCCAUACCCCAGACCAACGUAUCUUCCUCCGAUGGGUCUGGCCACUCAGAAAGGCAGAAAACUGCGCGCUCAGCAGAGACUGAGGAAACAAGCCAAACCAUUGUACCUACAGUCUCAAGAUGAGACCUGACACACACACACACUUCACUGUACUCAUCUUAAAGUAUGUGUAACCUCAUAUUCAAAAGCAUCAGGGAACAUCAAGUCUAUCAAAUAACAGUGCAAGGCACACUGCCAGUGUAAAGCGUGAUCAAUGUUAAUAUGAGCUAAGUAAAUGGUGUAUUUAUUCAUAUUGUAUAAAUGUUUGCAUCUAGUAUCUAGCUUUGGUUACACUUAUAAGUUUACACUCUUAAAAUGUUAAGAUUGCAAAAGAAUUAAACCCAACCACUUAAA